GUCGUUAGUCGAACGUUGAGCCGGAUACAUCGUGAUAAGUUCAAGAGCCUUUCUACCCUCAAAGAAACAUAUACCUGCUUGUCUUUAUGAAGUGAGAAGGAAAGAAUUUUAAAAGUAGCAAGAAUUGACCCAUUCAAAUUCAAAAUCCAACAGUGAGAGGUUGAUAUAUUACAUCUUAUUUUAUUGAUUCAAUCAUAUAAUAGGACAACGGAAGUGUGUUUUCUGCUAGUGCAUUCUCACGAUAGAAAAAGUGACCAGGUUGUUGUCAAUACAAAUCUGCACAGAGCAAUUAAAUAAAACUAGUAACGUGCGUAAGAAAAAAUUCUAAUAAUUAUCUGUUGAAUCGAAACAUCCGUAACAACAGGUACCAGGUUGAGAUUAGGACAUCUCCAAUCGCACAGGAAUGACGUCGACGAUGUUGAUAGAGGCUGCCAGCAACGAUCGCGAGCUGCAGCAAGAAAAGUACCUACGCGAACUUACCAAGACAUUCACCGGAAUCGAGAAACCCCUCAAAAAUGCCCGCAAGUGUGAGACACUGUCCGAGCUUAUCAGCGAGCUGCAUCAAGCGUUUGCUUCGGACCACGUGAACAUCGAGUACGUUAAUCAUCUGCUGCUGAGCUACGAGUCUAAUCCGGCCGAGUGGCGGAAGUUCGCCAAGUUCGAUCGUUACAGAUACACCCGUAAUCUGGUAGAUGAAGGAAAUGGAAAGUUUAACUUGAUGAUUCUUUGUUGGAACGAAGGGCACGCGUCAGCCAUUCACGAUCAUGCCGAUUCACACUGCUUCAUGAAAAUGCUCAAAGGGUCGCUGUGCGAGGUGCGAUAUGCCUGGCCAAAGGAUGCCACCAUCAAUGAGGAUGCCGCUGCUGAUAUUGCUAACGGGAACGACUCAGCUGAGCAUCAGUAUACUAGCGAUGAAUUGGAGGAAAUUUCUCGUAAUACCAUGGAAACAAACGGAGUUUGCUAUAUAAAUGACACUCUAGGGUUACAUCGUGUUGAAAAUCCCAGUCACUCGGAUGUGGCUGUUUCAUUACAUUUGUAUUGCCCUCCAUUCGACACGUGUUCAAUAUUCAACAAGCAAACAGGAAAACGGACAAAAUGCAAGGUUACUUUCUGGAGCAAGUAUGGCAAGCGGGAACCACAGGACAAUUAAAGCAUUUAUCAAGCCCCGAAGCCAUACUAUUCAAACUGAUCCAAACUGUGAAGCUUGAAAAGCAAUGGGAAAACAAGUGAGAUUUUACAUGUUCUACAAUUUCAACCUUUUAUGCAUAGGUGUUUAGAGAUUUAGCUUUUACGUAUGUCAUUAGCCGCUUCCAAUACAUCGGUAGAUUUUGUUUUGUACUUCACAACAUGCAUGUUUUAUAAAAGUUUUUUGUAUAGAUUACAUAAUUGUUAAGAAAAAAUGACCUUCAAACUGAGGAAAAAAUAUACGGGAAAAAAAGUAGAAAUAUUUUUCAUAAUUAAGAUAACACAGAAUAAUCUCAAAUUCAGGUUUAUUACAAAUUUCACGUUGCCAAAAUUCAACCCUUAACUGCACUUUCAAAUGUAACCAUAAUUGUAGGGUUUACUUAAGUUACUGUUACCUAUAAACAUUAGGACAUUUUCAAGGCACAAUGAAAAAACUAGAAAAACAUAUUUCAUUUAUGUAUAAAUAAUUAUAUUGUUCUUUAGCAUACAAAUACAUAAUAAACAAUACAAAAGCAAUUUGUUUC